AUAGUCGUAGUCGUAGUCGUAUACUUAAAGGGGGGCACCCGCCAGGCAGUCUCCCUCCCACUGCUCCACGCUCUUCCCUCAUUUCUCGCAGGUACUUUGUAAGUCACUGCAAAAUGACAUUCUCCGUCUUUGACAACUACCAGAACACCAUCAACGGGGUGCAGACCUCGACUGCCGAAAAACGCCACGGCAUCAACCCUGCAACCGGCGAGCCGAACCCAGACGUCCCCGUCGCAACCGCGGAGGACGUCGACAAGGCCGUCGCCGCGGCUGAGGAGGCCUUCAAGACCUGGUCCGAAGUCCCUUUUGUGGAGCGCCAGAAGGCGCUGCUAGCCUUUGCCGAUGCAAUCGAGAAGCACGCGGAGGAUUUCUCAAAGCUCCUUGUUCAGGAGCAGGGCAAGCCCGACAGCGCCGAGAAGAAGAUUGUCGUCCGGCACACCCCUAUCGGUGUCGCCGCGGGGAUUAUCCCAUGGAACUUUCCCCUCGCGCUUGCUGUAAUUAAGUUGGCGCCUGCGCUGCUAACCGGGAACGUGAUCAUCAUCAAGCCGUCGCCGUUUACACCAUACUGCGGGCUAAAGCUUGCUGAGCUGGCGCAGCAGUUUUUCCCGCCAGGAGUAGUGCAGGCUCUGAGUGGUGAUGAUAGGCUGGGCCCCUGGCUGACGGCGCACCCUGGAAUUGGGAAGAUUAGCUUUACGGGCUCAUCGGCGACCGGCAAGAAGGUCAUGGAGAGUGCAAGCAAAACCCUGAAGCGGGUGACUCUGGAGCUGGGAGGUAAGGAUGCAGCCAUCGUGUGCAAAAAUGUCGAUGUCAAGAGCGUAGCGCCCCAGGUGGUCUCGAAGGGAUUCCUCAACUCGGGCCAGAUAUGCCUUGCCGUCAAACGGAUCUAUGUCCACGAAUCCAUCUACGAGGAAUUCCGCGACGCUGCAGUCGCGUACGCAAAGACCGUCCAGGUCGGCCCCGGCACUCAGGAAGGCGUCUUUAUGGGCCCUCUCCAGAACAGCAUGCAGUACGAAAAGGUCAAAGGGUUCUUUGCCGAUCUCACAAAGGAACAGCUCAGCCUCACUCACACAGACGGCAAGGCCUUUGACGACAAGCCGGGCUAUUUCAUCAAGCCAACGAUCAUCGACCGACCAGCGGAGGACAGCCGCAUUGCGACGGAAGAGCAGUUCGGUCCGAUCGUGCCUCUCCUCACCUGGAACGAUGAGAGCGAGGUCAUUGCCCGCGCGAACAACACCCGCAUGGGUCUCGGUGCGUCGGUCUGGUCGAGUGACUUGGACGAAGCCGCGCGGAUCGCGGCCAAGCUACAGGCAGGCAGUGUCUGGGUUAACACGCACUUUGAGAGUGACCCCCGGGCGCCGUUUGGCGGACACAAGGAGAGCGGAAUUGGCACAGAGAACGGUUUGCAUGGGCUGAGGCAGUGGUGUAACUUGCAGACUCUGUACCUGAAGAAGUGAGCGUCUCUACCUCGUGGACUGUAAUGUGUAUAA